AAAACUCUGAUUUAUUGCAGGUAGCUGCUGAUGAGGGCAUCCUGCAUGCCUCUGGAAGUGGAGUGCCUCCAGUAACCAAGGAAUACUGCAUCAUUUACAAUUCUAAUUGGGUAUCUCUUCCAAAAACCUUGGACAAUGCUACUUUCAGCACUCUGGAAAACCUGACUUCUACAGUCCUCUGCAGCUCAGCAGAAGUUCCUUCUGGCUUAAUGAAAGACAAAGCAGUUGUAGUGAUGAGAGGAAACUGCACUUUCUUGGAGAAAGCAAGAAUAGCACAAAGUUUGGGUGCUAAAAUGCUGUUGAUUGCCAGUAAACCUAAGCUGUCUGCUAUUUCAGAUAACAAGACUGGUUUUGAAGAUGUGACUCUUCCAAUUGCUCUUAUAAGAUAUAAUGACAUAGUAGAUAUGCAGUCUGCCAACUUGUAUGUUAUAUUUCAGGUGCUUGGAAAUGAAGUUAAUGUGACUCUGUAUUCACCACCUUUGCCAGAGUUUGACUACAGUAUGGUUGUCAUCUUCCUAAUUGCUGUGUUUACAGUGGCACUGGGAGGCUACUGGAGUGGAGUAGCAGAACUUGAGAAUCUGAAAGCAGUAGCAACUCCUGGGGAGAGAGAAACCCGAUGGAAGAAGGAAGAAAAUGUUACUUUCACCCCUGUAACAGUUAUCUUGUUUGUUGUCAUCUGUUGUGUCAUGCUGGUCUUACUUUAUUUCUUCUACAAGUGGUUAGUUUAUGUUAUAAUAUCAGUCUUCUGCCUGGCAUCUGCGAUGAGUCUGUACAACUGUCUUGCAGCAUUAAUAGGGGAAAUCCCAUUUGGGCAGUGCAGGAUUACAUGUUCCAACAAAACCAUUGAAGUGAGGCUUAUUUUUCUUGCUAUAUUCUGCAUAGCAGCAGCUGUUGUCUGGGCAGUAUUUCGAAAUGAAGAUAGGUGGGCUUGGAUUUUGCAAGAUAUUUUGGGAGUUGCUUUCUGCCUAAACUUCAUUAAAACACUGAAAAUGCCCAACUUUAAGUCCUGUGUAAUACUUCUAGGCCUCCUCCUUCUAUAUGAUGUGUUUUUUGUCUUCAUAACACCAUUUAUCACAAAGAAUGGGGCAAGUAUAAUGGUUGAAGUUGCAGCUGGUCCUUUUGGAAACAGUGAAAAGAGUGAUGGAAACUUGGUGGAAGUCCCUACUGAACGCUCAGCUCCCCAUGAGAAAUUACCCGUGGUUAUUAGAGUGCCUAGACUUGAACACUCUGCAUCAACACUCUGUGACUUGCCCUUUUCAUUGUUGGGUUUUGGAGACAUUAUUGUCCCAGGACUUCUGGUUGCCUAUUGUAGAAGAUUUGAUGUUCAAGCAAGAUCUUCUUCUGUAUACUACAUUUCCUGCACAAUAGCUUAUGGCGUUGGCAUGGUGCUGACUUUCAUUGUUUUGGCAUUGAUGAAGAUGGGGCAGCCUGCCCUUCUCUAUCUUGUACCAUGUACACUCGUCACAAGCUCCCUUGUUGCCUGGAGGCGCAAAGAAAUGGAGAAGUUUUGGAAAGGAAGCAAUUACCAGAUGAUGGAACACCUGGAUUACACAGGAAAUGAAGAAAGCACAGCAUCAGCCACUGAACAGCCCGGAGGACAAUAAUAUGUGGGAUCCUGAAUUAAAAUAGCAUUUGAAUUUUUGACAGCUGAAUUACAGUAAAUUUGGUGAAAUUUUACAAUAGAGUGUUUCCCACUCUGUAUAAAAGGGUUUUUUAUUCCUGCACCUAUAUUUUUAUGGAAAAUACUGUUAAUAACAUAAAAGUAAUCAAAAUAGAGUCGCAUUUUUACAGCUAAACCAUAGCUAGUAAAACCGUGCCUUAUUUCGAUUUAAAUAAAAGGAUAUUUUCUAUGCAAUUUUCCAACUGUGUUUCUAUACAGUAUAUUUUUAUAAAAUUUGCUUGCCCGUAUCAGCUUAAGUGAAAUGUUCCUUUAAAGUUUUGAUUAAGACAAAUCAGGUCUCUUUGGAAAAAAAUAAAGUACCCUUCAUAUGAUUUCUUUGCAGAUUUUGAGUGCAAAGUUUGAUGUAAUGUAACUAUAGCAACUGAAGGAUGUGACUAUAGUUCCAUUACGAGUAAAUCAAUGAAAAGUGUGUAUGUCAAUGUACAUUGUGAGCCAUAAAAUAAACAACAGGGGAAAUUGAGUGUGGGGUUGUAAGCUCUUCCUCCCCACUCCCCUCAUUUAUCAAUGGCUUAUGCCUUAAUUGUUAAAAUUGUUAAGAUUUGAUGCAAGUCUUUGGAUUAUAUACCUUUCCAAACAUAUAAAAAUAAUAAAAGAGGGGAGGUACUUACACGUUGUCCUGAAAACUUCUGUACAGCUCCUGGAAUAGUUGACAGGCAACAUGCUGUGAAAAGCAAAAGGUUUUUUGCUCAGUGAGUGCUAUUUUAAGGGAUGGGAUAAAAUGUUAACACUGGCCUGUUUCUCUCACCUGUUGAGAGUAGGUGUGUAUUUGUGGUCUUCAUUUGGCUGUGGAUCAAUUCAGAGGGGUAGGGGAAGACAGGACAGAUUUCUUUUUAUUUUUUUUUACCUUUUGCAUCUGCACCAUACCUUUUUUGAAGUAUUUUUGAAAAUUCUUUGCAAUUCAUAGACAAAACAGGUUUGAAUAGUGCUAGUAGUACCUGUGUUAGCUAAGGCAAAGGCAUGUGUUUAGCUUGUUUAAUCUUAAUUUGUUCUUGCUUUUAAAGACUUGGAAAAAGGAUGAGUAGUUUAAAUCAUUAGUUUGCAUUUAGAAGAGUUUGCGUUUGUUUGACACCUGUUAUUUUUUCAGGAAACUGCAAAUUGAGGGGGAUUAGGUGUAGAAAACUUGUAUAGCUGUAAUGCUAACACUUGACACCAAAGAAAACUGGAGAAGGCAACAAGGGGAGACCACUGAGUUCACUUAGUGCUAAGGUCAGGUAGUUGUUAAAACAUUUUUCCUAUUCUUUAAAUGAAUGUCAUUCCUAUAGCAAGUGCAAGUUCAAGAACUCUGGAGAAAACAACUGAGUAAGCACAUGCUGGGCAGUGACAAUGGAGGCUUUCCUGCAGUGCCUCGUGCAAGUGCCUCCUUUGUUUGAAGGUCACCUCUAGACAUUUGUACUCAGUUUGGGGCAUGUCAGCUCAGAAAAAAAUUACCCUGAUUAAAUCUAGUUUGGCUAGAUUUACUUUGGAAGUAAGUUAAUUAAGACAAUUGAAAAUCUGUAUUGGCAGUUAACAAAGGCUUUCUGGAAAUUUACCUAAUUUAUAUCAAGUUUAAACUUUUGUUUGCAAGAGUCAGGAGCAGACAGAUCAACAGCCUGGAUAUCAGUUGUUGCCAUUCACAGUGAUUGAGCGUGGUGCCAGUUGAUACGGGUAAGAUAACUCACCUUGUUUGCAGCUUCCCUAAGAAAACAGAAAUUACAAGCAGUUUUUGUAUGUUAGUAGUUCCGCUCCUCCCCUUGACUCGAGCUUGAAUUGACAGCCUCAGAAUACAGUGGUCAUCUUCUGUUUUAUUUAACUGGUAUUUCAUAAUAAAUUACAGCAUACCUCAGUGUUUUAAUA